GUUGCAAAUGCAUGUUCUCCGAUGUUGACGUUAGAAUCAGCUGAUGUAGCUGUCUUCCCUCUGCAUUUUCGGUGUUUUGAGGCGUCUUGACUCUGAACUCUGUAAAAGUGUACUUUGCAGAAUGGGAGAUACAGAGAGGGGAGAACUGAUAGUGCUCCAACAAGAACUGGAAUGGGUACUCAAUGAGGAAGUUCCACGUGUUUUCAACUUGAUCAUGCAAGUCCUGAAGGAGGGAGCUGGCCAUUUCCCAAUGCCUUUAUGUGGAUCUGAUGCACCAGUCAAGCAGGAAAAGUUUAUUAUGUCAACAGCAGCACACAGCACACAGGAUCAAGUGAAGUGUGUUGUGACUGUGACUGGUGAUACUAUAAGUCAGGCAGAUAUCAACAUGAAGGCAGCAAAGCACCAGCACCAGGUUCACCGUACCAGUGUCACACCUGAUGCUCCUUGGAGGAUACAACAGAUACAAGAUGCUGCCAACUUUUUGCAGAUGGCAAUGCAGUUUCUUCAAGGACUGGGAGUCAAAGCUUCACUCAGGACAAGCAGUGAAACUCUCAAUAUUCUUUGUCAACUCAUUAAGCUACUGCAGAAGGGAAGGAGUAGCUUGCUGAUUCCUCGAAAGAAGACGAUUGAUGAUCUCUUGUCCAGCAGGAAUAUGAAAUCCUUAACUCCACCACUUCCUGGGGACAUUGCCAUUAGUUUCUACCUGCAGGCACACAAGCUGGUACUAGCUGUGUACCAUUUGUCUAGCACCAGUGGGACCAUGAAAUUUGAAAGUGUUCAGGCAGAAUGUUCUAUGCCAUGGCUCACCCCUGUACUGGUUUGCUUCACCACAGCCCUGCACCUUGCUCACCAGCUACGAGAUAAAAUUGCUGUGUUCUCUCAGUUCAAGGAUUUUACUCCUGACUCCUGCAGUGUCUCAACUGUAUCCUGCUGAACCACACACACACACACACACACACACACACACACACACACACACACACACACACACACACACACACACACACACACACACACACACACAUCUGCCAGUCACUGAGAUGCCUCCUUAAGGAGCUCUGAUUGGAAGGGAAAUACUGGAUACUUAAGAUGAUUACAUAGGCUUCUUUCUCUUAUCUUGUAUUUUAUAGUAGUGUAAAUAGUUUGUGAAUGGAGAACCAAAGAGUAAAAAAUUUACUGACAACUCAUAGAUUUCAAAAGUUUUAAGGACCCUGAUAUAAGUAUAUUUAAAUGCAAAUUCAAACAAUCUGGAAACUUGUAAAGGAACAAGUAUGCAUCGAAAAAUCACUGGUAAGAGAAUUAAGAGUGUGAAAAAUAAUCAGUCUCUAAAUAAAGAGAGUUUGCAAAGAAAGCAUAUAUGAAUGAAACUGAAGGUCCAUUUUGGAGAAAGAAGCCCCCCUUGUAAGGUAAAAGGGUAGGGUGAACAAGUACAUGUGAAAGAAGUGCAGGUAGAGUGCUUGAAUAAGUUAGAGGGGAGUGUUUGAAUGGUAAGUGGUAAUAAAAAGUGUACAUUAGAGGAAAGAAAAAAAAAA